AUGUCGGCUCUGCAAACAUUCAUGUUGGUGGUGGAGCACGACAAGGAAGAAGCUAAACGCAUCGCUGAGGGUGUCGCUCAAGAUGUCGAAAGCAAGAAAACUACCCUCAUCGGAAUUGUUCAGCAGCUUGGCGAAUAUAUCAAUGAUGAAGAUCCUAUACUGCGUGGAAAGGCUGUCUCCUUCCUCACUUCGGUUAUUAAGGCGCUGCCGCCGAAGUUCCUGUCCCGACAACAGAUCCAGGUUCUGACGUCUUUCUUCUGUGAUCGGAUUGAAGAUGGAGGUGCAGUUGCUGGUUUGGAUACGCUGCAGAAGCUGGAUCGGUUCACGAGGGAAUUGGCUGCCGAGAUUGCCCAAGCUCUAUUCUCUCAUUUUCAAGACCUACAAUCUCGAUCCCAAUCGCAGCGAUUCCAAGUUUACCAAUUGCUUAACGAGUUGAUGUCGUCACACCGUGCAGCAUUGCUCGAUAUGGGUGAGGUUUCGCUUGUUGGUAUUGUGGAUCUCAUGACAGGCGAAAAGGACCCACGCAAUUUGAUGAUGGUGUUCUCUAUCUUGAAGGUCGUCAUGAUAGAGUGGGAUAUCACAAACCACGUUGAGGUAUGUUCAAUACCACCACACCUCUUCUAUUCUCCACUGAUCUUUGUAGUUGCUCUUUGA